GAGUCUUUGGUCCUGGUGGCCCUUCGGAGGCUGGCUCGGCGUCUUCGUCAAUUGGCUCGGGCCUCUUGUGAGUGGCUGUCUGAAGUUCCUUUCUUCGGGAUGGAGCUUUGGGCAGACUUUGUGGAGGAGCACAUCGACAAGAUGGAGACUGAGCAGAAAGCGGCUUCGUUGAGAUCCUGGCGGUCUCGUCUGGAGCAGUCUGAGGGCAAGGCUGUUGCUUGGAUUCGCCGCCGGGAGCUGUUGAAAGUUGAGCUCGAGCGGCCCGUCAUGCGUGCCACCGAGGUUCAUCGAUGCAAGGCGAUUCACCCUACAAGGGUCUUGCAAGCUGCUGAAGACGACUGGAUGAAGUUGUGGGGCCGGGCUGGGACCACAGGCUUGGUGACACCGCUGCUUCGCGACCUUCCCUCCUUGGCGGAGUUUGAGUGGCGACCUGUUUUCACUGCGAAUGCCCUGUUGCGGGCUGCCAAAGACAUGGCCAAGAAGGCGGCGGGACCUGAUGGCUGGACUACGGCCCAAUGGUGUUUGCUCCCUAUGGGCUUUUGGCAGGCCAUGGCUUCGCUCUGGACCUGUGUGGUGGCUUCGGGCACCACGCCGGCUUUGUGGAGGUUGGUGGUUCAGCAGCUCCACGAUUGGGUGGACACCUGGGCUUCUCAUAGGGUACUUGGUGGUGUUCACGGCCGAGGUGUUCGAGACUGCUACCUGCGGGUCUUGGAUUCGCUCGACUCCGACCAGCUCUAUGUGCAGGAGGACCUGACAAAGUUCUUCGACGGCAUCCGCCAUGAGGACUUACAAUCUUCUUUGGCGAAGCUGGGCGCGCCUCGUGCUUUAUGCUCGUUGGUUCGGUCCUUUUAUGUGGAGCAGGAGCGUGUUUUCACUCAUCAGGGUCGGUGUGGCAGCAAGUGGCACCGGGUCCUUUGUGGGGUUCCUCAGGGAUGUCCUCUUUCGCCGAUGCUGGCUGGCGUGGUGAUGGCGUUGUGGGCUCAAGCUGUUGAAGGCCCGAGUGGGGGCUCUGUGCAGGCCUGCUCCUUUGUCGACGACCGCCUCUUCUGGGCCUCUGAGGUUUCUUCACUGGAGGCUGCAAAGAGGCGAAGUUCGCGCUUUGAUGCGGCCUACGGCUUUCGCUGUGACGUUUCCAAGAGCAAGUUUGUGCACCGCUCCGCGGCUCCUGAGGUACGAGCUUUGGCUGCUUCGAUGGGCUACGAGGAAGCGGACCGGCUGGCUCUUUUGGGCUUAGUCAUUCCGGUUGAUCGUGCUGAGAGCCCUUUCCUGAAGGACUUCAACUUGCUCAAGGCCCGCCGGAGGCUUAGGCUGAUUGCCGUUGCUGCUUAUGGGCUUGCCUUCAAGCGUCGGCUCGUUGGCAUGUUGGUGACCCCGAUGUUGACCUGGGCUGGUGGUUUUGCCUCCAUCUCCAACGACACCUUGGAGGCCCUCGUCAUGGACUUCCGUUGGCUCCUGCAUAAGGAUAUGGCGGCGGACACCCCUCCUGUUCUUUGCUACGAGAUUGCUGACUGGGAGGCUCACCCGGGCUUUGCGCGAGAUUUGUCGGCCCUUCGCUGCGCUAUCCGGCUCCACUCCAAGGUGCCGGUCUGGAUUGAGGAUGCUUCGCUGCGCUUGGCUGGUCGCAGGUGGCCGUCUUUGCUGCCCUUGACGGUGUCUACGCUGGAGCAACUUGGCUGGUGGUGUGACGACAGGGGCCGUUUUGUCUGCAGGCGGGACUCCUUCGGCCAGGUUCGUUCCUUUGAGGUGGGUGUUGACUCGGUGGAGGUGCUGGUCGAGCCACAGGUGGGCUUGGAGGACUUCUUCGUCUACGUUGGAGAGGCGCUGUGCUCUGGUGACUGGUUGCUCGGCUUGGCACAAGCAGAAGCGCUGUGGACAACGAGGCGUGUCAAACCGUCGCGUCCACAUUUGUUGUGGAACUGUGAUCGUACUGCGGACCUGGUUGCUAACGUCAGACGGCCGCAGCACCGGCUUGAGGAACGGUUGCUGGCUCACGAGGUCCCGGAGAUCCCGUUGGCCCCUGUGGCGUUGGACUAUGACGACAUUGUGGACUGUUUGGCGGAGGCCUUGGACCAGCGACUUGGCAACGGCGCUCCGGUCUACGUGGCGACGGACGGCAGCUUGGUGGACAUGGUGGCGGCCUGGGGCGUGGCGUUGGAUGGCGAGGCCUCCUAUGCCCUUAACCUUUCUGGUGAAGAUCAAUCUGCCUACCGUGCUGAGGGCAAAAUCGAGGUUUGCAAGUGGUGGGUUCCCUCGCAUGGAAAGCCUGCUGACUCCAAGUGGCGAUGCCCACCCUGUGGUGAGAUGGUGUCGCGGGCUUUGAAUGCUCAUGCAGAUCGUGCAGCCCGUCGCUGUGCAGGACGGGUCAGUGCUGGCUCCGAUCGACAACGAUGCGCUCGUGCCCGAGAGGCGGCCUUUGGUUGGGAGAAGCAGGCUCAUCAGGCUUUUCGCCUGGUGGCUCAGCGAUGGGUGGCAGCCUAA